AUGUCAGGCAAGCGUCUGCUCGACGCCCUUCAAUUCCUCAAUGUGUCCAAAACGGUCGCAGCCAAACACCUGGCCAUUCGGCAACAACAACUAGAUGUUUACACGCGCACAUCUUCCCUGACAAAGGGGAUCAAGGCCCAAACAGAGGGUCUAAUCCUGACCGCUCAAGCUGCCGCUGCAUUGGCACGCCGAUUUGAUGAACCCUCGCCACCAUCUUCGCCGAGCCCGGCAGACUUCCCCGACAAGUCCACAUCGGCGGAUAAGACGCCUAGCACUGCAACUACUCCGCCUCCCGACCUCGCCCGCAAACUGCAACGUCAGGCCGAAUCGCAGAUCCCGGCUUCGGCCGCAACAUACACUGGCAAUGAGAAACCGAAUGCUCUGGAUGUGAACAAGCAACAGGAUGUCUUCUAUGAGCCAUCGCUUCGGUCGGAGCUGGAUCUCUCGGGCCUGCCGAGAGUGAAGAUACCUAAGGCCACAAGUGAUGCUCAAGUUAGUAGUGAUGGAUUGAAUGCGGACGUCUUCAACUCGUCUGUUGGGUCGGGUAAGCCUGCUCCCGUCGAGCAGGAGAUGUCCGAGGAGAUGAUCCAAGGUCUUUUCCACAGCCCGAGAGUGUCGCGCAUGAUCUCCGGAAAGCCGCCGCCGAAGAGGGACUGGAAGCUGGCCGCAAAGCCUCAGCAGCCGGACGUGAAGCCUCAGCAACCAGACGUGAAUGUUGCUAAGCCCAUUUCCCCGGUGGCUCCGAAAUCCGAAGCUCAAGAGAUGGAGGAACUUGCGGCCAGCGUCGCUGAAGAAGUAGUGCCCAGUGUGCACACCGUCGACGAGGUCAAGGAGAAACAAGCAUACCAGAUGCUAGAGUCGCGCGUACCAUCCUCUCGCUUAGGCAGACUGUGGCAGUACGGUGGUCUAGCGACCUCAAUGGCAUUUGGUGCUGUUGGGGAGGGUUUACGGCGGGCCACUGGCAGCCAGGAUAAUGGCUCGAUUAUGUUCAGUGCUGGUAACAUGGAACGAAUGGUAGCCAAGUUGUCAAAAAUGCGCGGCGCAGCUCUCAAGCUGGGACAGAUGCUGAGCAUUCAAGACUCCAACAUGCUCCCCGAACAAAUCCAGCAAGUCCUCCAACGUGUACAAGAUCGCGCAGACUAUAUGCCCGCCUGGCAGCGUGACAAAGUGCUUACCGACAACCUCGGACCCAACUGGCGCGACCUGUUCACCACCUUCAACGAGGUCCCUAUGGCAGCAGCCUCAAUCGGCCAAGUGCACUCAGCCGUCCUCAAAAGCACCGGUCAACCCGUCGCCGUAAAAGUUCAAUACCCAGGCGUUGCCGACUCAAUCGACAGCGACCUAAACAACCUCUCCAUUCUCCUAACAGCCUCCCGCCUCCUCCCCAAGGGCCUGUUCCUCGACAAAACAAUUGCGAACGCGCGCACCGAACUAGCCUGGGAAUGCGACUAUAUCCGCGAAGCCGAAGGCGCCAACCGCUUCCGCGAGCUCCUAGCCAACGACCCGGUCUUCAUCGUUCCAGAGAUAAUUGCCCACGCCUCAGGCAAACAAGUCCUAACAAUGGAAAUGCUAGACGGCGUAGCCGUAACCAAAGUAGCGGACUUCACCCAAACACAACGUGACUGGAUCGGCACCCAAAUAAUGCGCCUCUGCCUCCGCGAGAUCGCCGAAUUCCACUACAUGCAGACCGACCCGAAUUGGACAAACUUCCUCUACAAUGCCGCAACGAACAAACUCGAACUCCUCGACUUCGGCGCCUCCCGCGCCUACCCCGAAGAGUUCAUAACGACUUACGUGCGCACGCUAAUCGCCGCCUCCCGCAAUGACCGCAAAACCUGCCAUGAACUCUCCAUCGAGCUAGGAUACCUGACAGGAAUGGAAUCGCAGGCGAUGGUCGACGCGCACGUGAGCUCGAUCACAACGAUAGCAGAGCCGUUCAUGCUUUCCUCGCCGGAUCUGUAUGACUUCAGUAAUCAGACGAUCACGGACCGCGUGCGCGAGUUUAUUCCGGUUAUGAUUCGGGAGAGACUGGCGCCACCGCCUGAGGAGACGUACUCGCUGCAUCGAAAGUUGAGUGGAGCUUUCUUGCUUUGUGCGAGACUUGGUAGCUCGGUGCCUUGUAAAGCUUUGUUUAUUGAGGCUGUUGAGACGGCGAAGCGGAAUGGGUUGAAGGUGGAGUAG